AUGUACCGACAAGAACCAGCGAAACGCGUGCGAGCGAUCGAUUCGAAAAAACAUUGGGCGGGAGUAGACUUUAAGCAAUUAUUCUACCCGCACCGUCUGAACUUCUACAAUACCCCUCCCACGACAGAAAUUACUCUGGAUGAGUUCGAGCAAUGGGCUAUCGACAGGCUAAGAAUCCUUGGAGAAAUCGAAUCUUGCCUCUACCGGAACAUGACCGCAGCAGAGCUCCAGGAUGUUAUUAUAAAAAAACUUCAGAAGGACCUUCUCCCACUUGGGGCGAACUCCGCAGCGGGGGGGGGUUCCAAGUUCCAGGAUAGCAAAAUCGCCAAGCAACAGGACGAGCGACGGAAGGACCACUACUCACAUUACACCCUCCGAUUGGCAUUCGCGCGGUCCGAAGACCUACGAAAGAGGUUCCUGGCGACCGAGACGAUCCUUUUCAAGCUGCGGUACAAUAGCGAUGAUACCCAAGAGCGACAAGCGUUUAUCGAGAGCUUGGGAUUUGAUUGGGAAUUUUUGUCGGUUGAGGAGAAGGUGGCCAUGCGGGAGGACUUGCUUGCGGGCACGGGGACGAAGAGCAAUGAAGCCGAUGCAGUUUUUGAGGCUGGGUUUUUUAGGGUUGAUUGGGAGAAGGUGUACGAUCUUGUUGAUCAGAGGAAAGUGCUUCUGCGUGGGGGGAAGGCAUAUGUACCAGAGUCACAGCAGUCUUCAUUAGUGAUUGCGGAGUUUACGGCGAGGCUGGAGAAGGCGCUUGAGGCAUGUUUGCUUCCUCCCCAAGUUUUUUCCUCGCGUAGGAGAAAUAGAUCACUAACGAUAUCAACGCAGCUCACCGCCCGAGCCCUCCCAAGACUCGACGAAGACGACCGUUUAAUCCCCAUACUAAACCACCUCUCCCGCGGCUUCAUAGCACCAGAGUACAACACCAGCAUGACCGCCACAACUCUCAAUGGUGCCAGCUUAACUGCGGCCGUAAUCGACGAUCUGGUCCAGUACUUUCCCAUGUGCAUGCGACAACUGCAUACCACCCUCCGCCGGGAAAAGCACCUCCUACACAACGGCCGUCUCCAAUAUAACCUCUUCUUAAAAGGCAUAGGCCUAAGCGUCGACGAAGCCCUCAUCUUCUGGCGCAAAUCCUUCUCCCGCAUCGACGAUGACGAGUUCCAGAAAAAAUACCGCUACAACGUCCGCCACGGCUACGGCCUUGAGGGAACACGAAGGAACUACAAACCCAUGUCCUGUCAGCAGAUCUUGACAGAUAGACGCCCAGCUGCGAACCAAGUCCACGGGUGCCCCUAUCGCGAGGUCGCGAUCGACAACCUGGUCGUAGGAUUGGGCACUAUGGGCGUUAGCGACAGGGACGUUAUCAGACACGUCCGCGAAGAUAUCGAAGCAAAGAAGUACCAUGUUGCCUGCAGUCGCGUGUUUGAACAUACACACGCCAAGGAGCUCAAGCGGGAGAAGGAGGCCGGUGGCUGGUCUGGGGGGCUCACAGAGAACAUUAUUCAUCCGAAUGAGUACUUUACCCGCAGCUUUGGGCUCAAGAAUCCUGGGAGCGUAGAGGCCACCAAUGCUAUCGCCCCUCCUGCUAGUGGCGGGAGCGGGCAAAGUAUGGAGAUGGACUGA